CCCACUUUUGACUAUUUAUUCUAUUCCAGUUUUCUUUUCCUGUUCUAAAGAAAAAUACUAAGUCCCCUUUGCACGUUAUUCAAAGAAACUCCAAUAUUUUCUUCAUUGUUCAGUUUUUUUUGGCUAUUCCAUUGCACUAUCAGACAGAAUAAUUCAGUUCUAGAACAAAGACUAUACAAGUAGAACAUCGAAUAUUCAGGUUUAUGAUUUUGGGGUCUGUCACAUUGGUGCGGUUUCAAGCAUGACUAUGAAAAAGCAAGAUGAGAAGAAAAAGUCUUUCAUGAGGAAUAUUUUUACUAGAAGGGAUAGAAACGGAAGGGAAACGAUUAAUAGGUCAUUUGAUUCCCCUGAAGCACAAUCUAGUCCAACCCUUGAGAAUCUUAUUUUUACCAGCACAGGAAGUCCGAUGACUUUUCAUCAAGAUGUUCAGACCUUCAGUGUGUUUGUAGCAACGUGGAAUGUAGGUGGGAAAUCUCCCCAUAGUGACCUUAACCUGGAUCAAAUUCUUCACACAGAUCAAUCAGAUAUGUAUGUCUUGGGUUUCCAGGAAAUUGUCCCUUUAAAUGCCGGAAAUAUUCUAGUUGUAGAAGAUAAUGAGCCUGCGGCAAAAUGGCUAGCAUUGAUCAAUCAGUCACUGAACAAACCAUCUGAUGUGGCUGCAAGAGGAUCAAAACCCACAGUCUCCCUUGGUGGUUCCUUGUUCUUCUCAAAGCCUUCCCUUAAAAAGUUCAGUGAGAUUUUCAGGACAGAGAGUGGAAGGAAGUUGAAGAGUUGCAACUGCACUUAUGAAUUAGAAAGGAAGCAGAGUAAGGAUUUCUGUUUCCCAUGCCAACCGUCACAUAUAUCCGAAGACUACUCUCCUUUAGAAGAGGAUGAUGAAACAUCCCUUACCAUGGACUCAGAACUUUCCAUUCCCUCAAGUACCAAUCAGAUGAAGUACAGUCUUAUAGCCAGUAAGCAAAUGGUUGGAAUUUUUCUAACUGUUUGGGUGAGGACGGAACUUGUGCAGUAUGUUGGCCACUUGAGAAUCUCCUGCAUCAGUCGUGGAAUUAUGGGUUGCCUUGGAAACAAGGGAUGUAUUUCUGUAAGCAUGACAUUCCAUCGUACAAGCUUUUGCUUUAUCUGCAGUCACUUGGCAUCGGGUGAGAAGGAGGGGGAUGAGCAUAGGAGAAAUACGGAUGUCAUGGAGAUACUCAAAAACACUCAGUUUCCAAAGAUCUGCAAAUCGUCUAGGGUGCCUGAGAAAAUUCUUGAUCACAAUCGGGUCAUAUGGUUAGGGGACUUGAAUUACCGAAUAGCAUUGAGCUACUCUGAAGCGAAAAAGCUCAUGGCGGAGGAUGAAUGGGAUGCCCUACUUAACAAAGAUCAGCUACAAAUUGAAAGGAAAGCAGGAGUAUUCAAGGGAUGGAAAGAGGGAAAGAUAUACUUUGCACCCACUUACAAAUACUCCUACAACUCGGACAUAUAUGCUGGAGAGACAAAAAAUUCAAGAAAGAAUCGGAGAACUCCAGCUUGGUGUGACAGAAUACUAUGGCAUGGAAAUGGAAUAAGACAACUUUCUUACGUACGUCGGGAGUCUCAGUUUUCUGACCACCGGCCCGUUUGUGCAACAUUUUUGGUGGAUGUUGAUGUUGUAUCGGCUGGAUUAAGGAAGGGAUUAUCUAGCUCUAGGUUGAAAUUUGGGAUUGAAGAGUUCUUACCUCAAACUAGGAAUUAUUUCCAUUAAAUAAUGUGUACUAAUGCACUAACACAGUCAUCACAAGACUGAAGAAAUAUUCAAAUUUUGCUGUUCAUGUCAGAUUUGUAGGAAGAAAAGCAUAGAGAUGGGUGCAGAAUCAUUAUUAAUUGGGCAACCUGUACACAGCAUUUUGCAAGCGCACAACUGUAAUUGCUCUCCAUGAGCAAAAUUUUUCUUGAGAAAUGCUGUACAAUAUAUUUUUUCCCGCCUGUAAAAAAUAAUUUCCUCUGGUCAAUGUACAUGGGUCUUAGAGAUUCUACCUCCUGAGAGGCAAAAGACAGUAAUGCUUAUGCGUCGAAAACAUUAUACUGUAAGCCUUUAUGUCAAUGAGGCAAAGCCUAGUUACAGUUC